AUGGCGUCCACUCUGGGUCCUCAACAACAACAUCAUCAUCCUCAGCAGCUGAACUCGACCAGACCGACAUCCAACUGGUAUAUUGGACGCAGACCACGCACUGCCUUCACCAACAGCCAGGUGAAUGUGUUGGAGACAGUGUUUCAUGUGAACUGUUAUCCAGGUAUCCAGCUGAGGGAGCAGCUAGCAGGGAAACUCGAGCUGGACGAAGACCGAAUACAGAUCUGGUUUCAAAACCGGCGGGCCAAGCUGAGACGAUCCAUGAGAGAAACCCGACUGCGGCUGGUUCAGACGGCCGUAGCCGACCUCGGGGUCAAAGAAGAGGUCAUAGGUCAGCUGAAGGCCAAGAGGGACGUGCAAAGUGAACUUGAGUUCGCUCAGCGGCUCGCCUCUCGUCUUCAGCUUGAGGUUGAGGAAGAGGAGGGCUGA